AUGCACGAAUUGCUCAAACAUGUGCUUAAUGAACGUGAUUUGACUCGGGCAGGUGAUUUAUUCGCUAUUCCGGACUCCGAAAUUGUGGAUGAUAUAAACGAAGUUUUGAAACAAAUUACCGAAAUAUCUUCUCGACCUGAUUAUUGUCGGAAUGACCGCGACCAGGCACUAAUAGAAAUAUGUGUCACUCGUGCCACUUCAUGCAUAAAGGAGACUGGUACUUUGCCCAAAUACUGUGGGGCCUUGGUUUCUCUACUUGAAUCAUGCCUUCACCACAACUUGAUGCCUGUUGGUCAUCUUAGAGAUGAUGACCCACCACAUGCUAAAAUUGCAUCGGACAUUAUAGCUUGCAUUGUACUGGUUUCAUUCCCAUUGCAAUCGGAUAAAGAGACAAGUGGCAAUAAGGAAGUGAUGGAAUUGUUCUUGCCAGUGGCUGUACAGUUUCUGCACAAAGGUAACAGGGAGAUAUCGCGUCACAUGGCACGGUACCUUUCGCUGGCCGCAGUGCACCAUGCACCACUACUCAAGCCACAUGUACAAACCAUUAUGGACUCAAUCAUGUCAGGCAACUAUCCACUGUGUCGUAUUCUUACUAAUUUGUAUGAAGUCUGUCCGGAACCACUAGAAGGCCAUGUCACCGCACUUAUUUCACUCUUGCCUCAUGCUGAACAGGUUGAGAAGAACUCCCUGUUCGCUCUGUUCGAGCAAAUCGCUGGGCGGAGGCCGGAGGCGCUUAAGACUUGCGUCCCCCAGUUACUCUCAUACCUCUGUCCCAAUACUGCCAGCCAGACAGACUCUGGCUGUAUGUGCGUUGAUCUACUACAGCUGAUGGUGUGCCUCAGUCGAAGUCGGGCAUCGCUGGUGGUCGAGCACAGUGGAGCUAUCCGGAGGGCGGCUAGGCCUCCGCAUGCCACCGCUAAGGCCUCCGCCCUCGUGGCAACCAUUUUGGCGCAGCUUGGACACACGAGUAGGGAGAGGGCGCAGGAAGCGCUGAACUUCGUGGUGGAGAGGCUGUGCGGGGCUGAGAGGGCGGAGCAGGCGGCCCUUCUUCGCGAAGCCACCGCCCUCUGCUCCGCCUACCCGGCCCUCUUCACCGACCGCCUUCUGGCCGCCCUGCGCGCGAACAACGCUGGACGGCCGAAAUCGACGAUAUCGCAUAGCGAAGUGAACAGGACGCCGGGCGGCGUGACCAUCGUUAAGCUGGGGGGCGCUACGGGCGCUACGCCGGGGACGAUCUCGGCGCCCCCUAUGUCUACGUCAGCCAGCAGUGCCCUAGCCACGCCCCCUACAAGCACAGCUAGCUCGGCGGCCCCGCCCCCCGUUGCUACGGGGGGCUACACGAGACGCGCCAAGUUGGGCGAUUCGCGUAGCACUGGCCGCCUCCACCCCGGGCCAAACUCGCACAGGAGCAUGACAAGGCUCAACGUCGCCGGAGGGUCUGUGGGCGGUCUACACAAGAGCAUGACUCGUCUAUCGUCCUCGCAACAGAUUAACUUGCAACAGGGCGCUAAUCAAACCGGAGUCGCGGGAAACACUAAAGCAGGAAGCGGUGGGGUGGUGGGCGGGGCCUCGAGUACGGUGGUGGGCGGGGCAUCCUGUGGGUCGGUGGGCGGGGCCUCGUGCGGCGUGACCGUGGCGGCACCACGCCCCGCCACCCGCCACCACCACCACAACAUACUCAUCGGACCUCCUGUCACCACGGACACGAGGGCGGGCGGCGGCAAGGCGGCGGAGGCGCCGCCCGCCGUCUCCAUCCAGCACUCGAACCCCGCCCUCGGCCAGGUGUCGGUGCUGGCCGCCGCCGGCCCGGUGACCGUCACCUCGCGCCGCAACAACACCAGCGUCACCAUCAUCGGCGCGAACGCGAGCGCUAGUGCGGGCGCGGACGCGAACGCGAACCACCGCAUCAGCGUGUUCGAGCCGUACCCGAUGCGGGACACCGUGCAGCACUUCUGCGAGAAGCACCUGGACAAGAUCAAGGCGUAUAUGGACAACGUGUCGCUGAGGCUCCCGCCGCCCGCCAAGUGCACCAUCGAAGAGCGGCGCUCGAAGAAGCUCGCGCGGCUGCAGUUCGCGUGCGGCCGCCGCGGGCCGCACUGCCUGUACGCGCGCGCCGCCUUCUCCAUGCGAACGCGCGCGCCGCGCGUCUGGAUCCACCUGAUGUUCCUCGCGCUGCAAGCGCGCCACACGGCCGCCCUCUCGUCGCGGGACCCGACCGUGGCCAGCCUCAAGCACUGCUGGGACAUCCUCAAGUGCGAGAACAGGACCUUCCUCACGCUGGUCACGGGCGCGUUCCCCGCCGCGAAGGAGCAGGAGAUGCUGGCGGCGGAGCUCCGGGCGGCCGGCUUCUUCGACGUGUUCGAGCUGAGCGCGCGCCGCGGGACCGCCCCCACUCAGGCCACGUGGGGCUGCUUCCUCUGCACCAGGCCGGAGCGCGCGGUGGGCUUCCUCGCCGCGGAGACACCCGUCAUCGAGGGCCAGCUCAAGGAGAAGAAGGGCCGCUGGCGGCUGUUCCGGCGCUGGCGCACGCGCUACUUCACCCUGUCCGGCGCGCACCUCUCCUGCAAGGGCGCGAGUGGUGGCGAGAGCAUUGACAUCAACCAGAUCCGCUCGGUGAAGGUGUCACGGGGGGCGCGCAACAUACCGAAGGCGUUCGAGAUCUUCACCGGGGACCAAACGCUGAUCCUCAAGCCGAAGGACGGAAAGAACGCCGAGGAGUGGGCGCAGUGCCUCAGCAUCGCCGUGGCUCACUCGCAGGCGAGGGACGCCCCCGCCAAGGCCAACAGCCUGCCAGCACGCGGUCUCACCCUGAAGAGCUUC